GACCACAUAAUCAAAACUGAAGACGGGGAGUCUGAACAAUUCAUCCCCAUCCUCCUCCUCCUCCUCCUCCUCCUCCCCCUCCUCUCUCUAUCCGAUCUUUGUGAUGGUUCCUCUUGUCUUGCAUAAUCAUCAAUCGACUCGCUCCCUGGAUUGUUUCUCCUGAAUCUUUCAGUUCUAGCUAACCUUCUCUCUCUCUCUCUCUCUCUCUCUCUCUCUCAAAAUGCUGCUUCAAGCUCAAUCCCUGAGGACCCAUUUCUCUCCUUCACCGACCCUUUUCAGACCCAAACUGAAGACCCAAUUUUGCCCUCGAAAAUCAUGCUCGUUACCGAGGUUAUUUUGCUUCAACACGCUGAAAUGCUCACUUUCCACCGUUUCCGAAGCCACUGAGUUGGGAUCCUCCUCCAGUACGAAGCCGUUUCCGGCCGAAGUUUCGAGGACCAUCAUGGAGUUGUGCUCCGAGGGAACGCUCUCGACGUUGACCGACGACAGGUGGCCUCUUGGCAUUGGUGUUCGAUUCGCGGUUGCGCCUGAUGGCACUCCAAUCUUGUGCUUGAAUGAGGCUGACAGGCUGUUCCCUGUUGACAAGAGGUCUAGUCUUCAUGUUCAGUUGAAGCAGUGUGGGUUACGGACUCCGCAGUGCACAAUUCAGGGCAGUCUAGCUAAACCUGGAGAUAGAAUGUCUUCAAAGCGGCUUCUUUCAGCGUGGACAAAGAGAUUUGGAUCGGAUGCUGAGGAAGACCAAGUUUAUUACAUAGAUAUGGAAAAGGUACUUCAGAUGGAAAACUUUAAGGAGGAUGGCAUAUGGGUCACCUCAUCUGAUUAUAAAAGAGCAACCCCUGAUCCACUUCGAGACGUUGCUGAAAAGAUUGUCACUGAGAUAAACACCAAUAACAUGGAAGAUGUUUAUCGCUUUUGCAAUGUGUAUGUUGAUUUGGACUUCCAGGUGUCUGAGGCGAAAAUGAUAUGGGUUGACCGGUUAGGCUUUGAUGUGCGUAUCCAUUCCCCUCCAAGUAGUAUAUUCGAUGUCCGCAUUCCUUUCCCAAGAGAAGUUACGGAUGAGAAGGGUGCAAAAUCAUCUUUCAAUUGUAUGUCUCAAAUAGCAUGGGAGGUAGAAAAGAAUUUCCAUGUCCCCGAUUUUAAGAAGGUGGAACAAUUAAAGCAGAUAGCUUAGACAAUAAAUAUUUUGUAUCCUCUCCUCUCCUGAUUGAAGGCAAUGCUGAGAUUCAGGUCUUACUGUUUGUUCACUCCUGGAGUUUUGUCCAAUCUCAGAGCAGUUUUGGGUGUCGGCAAGACAAAGAAAGAUAAGUUUUGGGCGAUUAUUUGGUGGUUGAUUGCACCAUUUAGUAUAUCCAAUGUUUGAGGAAGAUUGUAUUGUGUCUUAGUUGGCCAAAAUUGGAAAUCUAGGCUGGUCAUUUGGAUGAUUGUAGCAAGCGGUGGUGGUGCUAAAAUGUCACCUUAUGCAAUAUU